AUGACACAGCAGCAACCCGCCGCAUUGGAGCGGCUGGACCAUAUCAGCCGUCAGCUGAAAUCUAGAGUCGGCGACGAUGUACGACGGAGAGCUGCAUUGCAGCUGAAGGACCUCGUCACCAUAUGCCACCGAGAUCUGAAUCCGGAACAGUUCCUAUCCUUUUACAAUACUGUCAACAACAAGAUCACGCAACUCAUCACACAUGGCGGCGACUCCGCUGAAAGACUGGGCGGCAUCUAUGCGCUGGAUGCGCUCGUCGACUUUGACGGCGUCGAUGUUGCCCUCAAGUAUACGCGAUUUACACAGAACUUGAAAACACUGCUGCGAGGCAAAGAUAUGAACCCGAUGCGACCGGCCGCUGUCGCCCUCGGUAAGCUAUGCCGCCCCGGUGGAUCGCUCAUUUCAGAACUUGUCGACUCGGAAGUAAACACGGCGCUCGAGUGGCUACAAAACGACCGAGUCGAAGAACGGCGCUACAGUGCGGUGCUGGUGCUGCGAGAGCUGGCUGUCAACGCUCCGACAUUGAUGUACCAGUAUAUCCAAACAAUCUUUGAGUUGAUAUGGGUUGGCUUGCGCGAUCCCAGGCAGCAGAUUCGAGAAGCAUCGGCCGAAACUGUCAGCGCUUGUUUCCGAAUCAUCCGCGAUCGAGACCAGGAGAUGAAACAACUAUGGAUGGGAAAAAUCUACAACGAAGCCAGGCAGGGCCUCAAAGUCAAUACUGUAGAGUAUACACAUGCGUCUUUGUUGGUGCUCAAGGAACUCCUCGAACAGGGUGGCAUGUUCAUGCAGGAGCACUACCAAGAAGCAUGCGAUGUUGUCUUCCGGCACAAGGACCAUCGCGAGCCGACUGUCAGAAACACAGUCGUUCUCCUCAUUCCUGAUUUGGCUAGCUAUUCUCCAGCUGACUUUGCCCAGUCAUGGCUGCAUAAGUUCAUGGUCUACCUCUCGGGCAUGCUCAAGAAGGACAAAGAGCGCAAUGAUGCUUUCCUUGCCAUCGGAAACAUUGCCAACUCUGUCAAGAGUGCUAUUGCCCCGUAUCUGGAUGGUGUGCUCAUUUACGUCAGGGAAGGGCUCAGUGCGCAGUCUCGCAAGAGAGGAUCUGUGGACCCAGUAUUUGACUGCAUUAGCCGGCUCGCCGUGGCUGUUGGUCAGACUCUCAGCAAAUAUAUGGAAGCGCUGCUGGACCCUAUUUUUGCCUGCGAGCUCACGCCGAAGCUUACGCAAGCUCUCGUCGAUAUGGCUUUUUAUAUUCCCCCGGUCAAGCCGACAAUUCAAGAACGUCUGUUGGAUAUGCUCAGUGUAGUCCUUUGUGGCGAGCCUUUCAAGCCGCUCGGCGCUCCUCAGCCCAACACUCUCUCAUCCGUCCCUGUCAUUGCAAAAGACGGCAAGGAUCCACAGGCAUACGAACAUCGCCGCGCCGAAGUCAAGUUGGCGCUCAACACGCUAGGAAGCUUCGAUUUUGCUGGACAUAUUCUGAAUGAGUUUGUCCGCGACGUAGCAAUUAAGUAUGUUGAAGACGAAGAUCCAGAUACCAGAGAGGCUGCCGCUCUCACCUGCUGUCAGCUCUAUGUCCGUGAUCCAAUCGUCAACCAAACAAGCUAUCACGCCCUUCAAGUGGUCGGUGAUGUAAUCGAAAAGCUUCUUACCGUGGGCAUCUCCGAUCCUGAGCCUAAUAUUCGACGAACUGUGCUCGCGGCUCUCGAUGAACGAUUCGAUCGUCACCUUGCCAAAGCCGAAAAUAUCCGCAUCCUCUUCUUCGCCCUGAACGACGAAGCGUUCGUCAUUAGAGAAGUUGCCGUCUCUAUCAUUGGCCGACUGGCUAGAUACAAUCCCGCAUACGUCAUUCCGUCUCUCCGCAAGACUCUCAUUCAGAUGCUUACGGAGCUUGAAUUCUCGGAUGUUGCUCGUAGUAAGGAAGAAAGCGCCAAGCUGCUCAGUCUUCUCGUCCAGAAUGCGCAGUCGCUUAUUAAACCAUACGUGGAGCCCAUGAUCUCGGUGCUUCUUCCGAAGGCCAGCGACCCAAACCCUUCUGUUGCGGCCACCAUACUCAAAGCCAUCGGCGAGCUUGCGACAGUUGGCGGUGAGGAUAUGCUUCCAUACAAAGACCGUCUGAUGCCUCUUAUCAUCGAGGCCCUUCAGGAUCAAAGCUCAAACAUCAAGCGAGAGGCUGCCCUGCACGCACUUGGCCAGCUAGCCAGCAAUUCAGGCUACGUUAUUCGGCCGUAUCUCGAAUACCCGCAGCUACUUGAAAACUUGCAAAGCAUUAUUCGCACCGAAGAUCAGCGGGGACCAAUUCGACAGGAAACUAUCAAGCUAAUGGGCAUUCUGGGUGCUCUCGACCCUUAUAAAUGCCAGCAGGCCGAAGAGAAGCCCCUUGAUACCCAAUCUCGGGCAGAACUGGGUCCGAUGACUGACAUUUCACUGAUGAUGAGCGGCUUGACCCCUUCAAAUAAGGAGUACUUUCCAACUGUGGUCAUCAAUGCCUUACUUCAGAUUCUGAAGGACCAAUCCCUUGCUCAACAUCACGCUGCUGUCAUUGAAGCGAUCAUGAAUAUUUUCAGAACCCUUGGCCUAGAGUGCGUCUCAUUCUUAGACCGCAUCAUCCCCGCUUUCCUACAGGUCAUUCGGUCCUCGCCGUCAACAAGGUUGGAAUCCUACUUCAACCAGCUGGCAACGCUGGUCAGCAUUGUGAGACAGCACAUCAGAAAUUACCUCCCCGGUAUUAUUGAGAUUUUGCAAGAAUACUGGAACAAGUCGUCGUCGCUGCAGACUACUAUCCUAUCACUUAUCGAAGCAAUCUCUCGCUCUCUGGAGGGCGAGUUCAAAAUCUACUUGGCCGGUCUUUUGCCUAUGAUGCUUGGCGUACUCGAGAAGGACACCAGUGUGAAGCGCGCUCCCUCCGAGAGAGUUCUACAUGCGUUCCUUGUGUUUGGAGCCAGCGCCGAGGAAUACAUGCAUCUAAUUAUUCCCGUCAUCGUGCGGACUUUUGAGAAAGCCACGCAGCCCCCAUUCCUCCGAAAGCAGGCGAUCGAGUCCAUUGGUAAAAUCUCCAAGCAGGUCAAUCUUAACGACUAUGCUGCCAAGAUUAUUCAUCCCCUUACCCGAGUGCUUGAUGCCAGCGAACCGGCACUGCGAAAUGCCGCAUUGGACACAAUGUGUGCCCUCAUUCAACAGCUCGGGAAGGAUUACAUCAAUUUUAUGGGGACUGUGAACAAGGUGAUCAAUCUGCGACAAAUUCAGCAUGCCAACUACGAGCUUCUGGUCAGCAAGCUUCAGAAAGGAGAGGCGCUCCCACAGGAUCUGAAUACCGAAACACGCUACUUUGACCGCGGCAUCGAACCUGCGUUUGCGGAUCUAGGCACAAAAAAACUGGAGAUGAACGCAAUACAUCUCAAGGCUGCCUGGGAUACCAAGGGCAAGUCAACAAAGGAAGAUUGGCAGGAAUGGCUGCGAAGAUUCAGUACAACUCUUUUAACAGAGUCUCCUAACCAUGCUUUACGUGCUUGCGCGAGUUUGGCAAGCGUCUACCUCCCCCUUGCGCGAGAACUCUUCAACUCUGCUUUUGUCUCUUGCUGGAGCGAGCUGUUUGAGCAAUUUCAGGAAGAACUCAUCCAAAAUAUUGAAAGUGCGAUCAAGUCUGAAAAUGUCCCGCCGGAUCUGCUCGGUCUCCUUCUCAACCUCGCUGAAUUCAUGGAGCACGAUGACAAAGCGUUGCCGAUCGACAUUCGCGUACUCGGUCGCGAGGCUGCGCGAUGUCACGCCUACGCCAAAGCUCUUCAUUACAAGGAACUCGAAUUCCUUCAAGAUCAAAGUAGUGGAGCUGUCGAGGCAUUGAUUGUGAUCAACAAUCAACUUCAGCAAUCAGACGCUGCCAUCGGUAUUCUGCGAAAAGCUCAACUCUAUAAGGAAGGCAUUCAGCUUCGCGAAACCUGGUUCGAAAAGCUUGAGCGUUGGGAAGAGGCCCUAGCCUUCUACAACAAGCGGGAAGCAGAAGUACCUCCAGAGCAAGCUGUUCCCAUUGACAUUGUUAUGGGCAAAAUGAGAUGCCUUCACGCCCUCGGCGAGUGGGAUGCCCUCGCCACGCUUACCGGGAAUACCUGGCAAAAUUCGGCCCCGGAGGUACAACGGAUGAUUGCGCCGUUGGCAACUGCAGCAGCCUGGGGUCUCGGCAAAUGGGAUUCGAUGGAUAAUUAUUUGUCUUCAUUGAAACGAAACUCGCCAGACCGUUCUUUCUUCGGCGCCAUCUUGGCUUUGCAUAGAAACCAGUUUAGAGAGGCCAUCAACAACAUUCAGCAAGCUCGUGAGGGCCUGGAUACCGAGCUUAGUGCUCUCGUCAGUGAAUCGUACAACAGAGCCUAUCCUGUUGUGGUCCGCGUUCAGAUGCUUGCCGAGUUGGAGGAACUGAUUGUAUACAAACAAUGCGACGAGAAAAAGCGCGCGACUAUGCGAAAGACCUGGGAGACGCGUCUCGAGGGCUGCCAGCGCAAUGUCGAUCUCUGGCACCGUGUACUGAGACUUCGUGCCUUGGUCAUUCAGCCAGCAGAAAACAUGCGUAUGUGGAUCAAAUUUGCCAACUUGUGCCGCAAGUCUGGUCGCAUGGGUCUGGCAGAGAAAUCGCUCAAGCAGCUCAUUGGGACUGAAGCGCCACUCGAAAACAUGAUCCCGUUCUGGAAAGAAGGCUCAUCGUUACCCAAGAAUGUUCCGGCGCAGGUCAUAUACGCUAUGCUCAAGUUCCAGUGGGAGACUGGCCAGCAAACUAGUAGUCGGACACAGCGCAACAUUUCGGAGCGCACUCUAUACUGUUUGCAGAGAUUCACCAACGAAACUGCUCAUCGAUUUGAUAUGACCAAGAUGCAUCUCUCGUCUCAGUCUGGCACUGAGCUUACGACUGCCGACUAUGCUUUCCAGAACCAGGUCGACUCGUCCAUCAUCACACCGCAGACUCAACGUGCACUCGUGGAACAGACCGUGCUGCUAGCGAAGUGCUACCUACGCCAGGGUGAAUGGCUCAUCGCGCUCAACAAGGACAAUUGGCAGCGGGACAAUGUCGAAGAGAUUCUCACCUCCUACUCCCAAGCUACAAGGUAUAACCCACGCUGGUACAAAGCAUGGCACGCCUGGGCCCUCGCAAACUUUGAAAUUGUCCAGACCCUCACGGCCCGCACCGAGGGCGACACCAACCGAGCGGAUGCCGCCAGUAUUGUCCAGCACGUCGUUCCCGCCAUUCAGGGGUUCUUCAAGUCAAUUGCGCUCUCAGCUGGUAGUUCGCUUCAAGAUACUCUGCGUCUUUUGACGCUCUGGUUCACACAUGGAGGCCACGCCGAUGUCCAUUCAGCUGUCACAGAAGGUUUUGCGAACGUCAGUGUUGAUACCUGGCUAGAGGUUCUCCCUCAGCUAAUUGCACGUAUCAAUCAGCCCAAUAUGCGAGUACAGCAGUCAGUGCACAACCUGCUCGCUGACGUUGGUCGAGCGCACCCUCAAGCGCUGGUCUAUCCUCUCACGGUCGCUAUGAAGUCUGUCCAGAGCACCCGCAGAUCACGGUCUGCCGCGCAGAUUAUGGACAGCAUGCGUCAGCACAGCGCCAACCUGGUGGCCCAGGCCGAUCUUGUUAGCCAUGAACUCAUUCGUGUCGCGGUUUUGUGGCAUGAACAAUGGCAUGAGGGCUUGGAAGAAGCUUCUAGACUAUACUUUGGUGAUCAGAAUAUCGAAGGCAUGUUUCAGACCCUUGAGCCGCUUCACAGCUUGCUGGAGCGUGGACCGGAGACACUUCGCGAAAUCUCAUUUGCCCAGGCAUUCGGUCGUGAUCUGAGAGAAGCACGAGAAUGGUGCCAUCAGUACGAGACUAGUCACGAUCUUAAUGACCUAAAUCAGGCUUGGGACCUUUACUACCAGGUUUUCCGCCGAAUUUCUCGACAGCUACCACAGGUCACAACCCUUGAUCUAACCUAUUGCUCACCCAAGCUGCUAAACGUCAAGAACCUUGACUUGGCCAUCCCAGGAACCUAUCGGAGUGGGCAGCCUCCUGUAAGAAUCCAGUCUUUCGAGCCAACUUUGACGGUCAUCAACUCAAAACAGCGUCCUCGCAAAAUUACUGCCAGUGGCACAGACGGAAACGCGUACCCCUUCCUUCUCAAGGGGCACGAGGAUAUCCGGCAAGACGAACGUGUCAUGCAGCUGUUCGGUCUUUGUAACACUCUUCUAGCCAGCGACUCGGAGUGCUACAAGCGCCAUCUCACCAUUCUGCGCUUCCCAGCAAUUCCUCUGUCACAGAGCUCGGGCCUUAUUGGAUGGAGGUCCAAUACUGAUACGCUUCAUGUCCUCAUUCGAGAGUACCGUGAGAGCCGCAAGAUCCUUCUCAACAUUGAGCACCGCAUCAUGCUGCAGAUGGCUCCUGACUACGACAACCUCACACUCAUGCAAAAGGUGGAGGUCUUUGGCUAUGCUUUGGACAAUACCACUGGCCAGGAUCUCUACCGUGUUCUGUGGCUCAAAUCCAAAUCCUCGGAAGCUUGGCUUGAGCGCCGCACCAACUACACCAGAUCUCUAGGUGUCAUGUCUAUGGUCGGCUAUAUUCUGGGUCUGGGUGAUCGUCACCCGUCUAACCUAAUGCUUGAUCGCCUUAACGGACACAUCUUCCACAUCGAUUUUGGUGACUGUUUUGAGGUCGCCAUGAAGCGCGAGAAGUAUCCAGAGCGCGUUCCAUUCCGCUUGACGCGCAUGCUCACAUACGCAAUGGAAGUCAGCAAUAUUGAAGGAAGCUUCAGAAUUACAUGCGAGCACGUCAUGCGGAUUCUCAGAGACAACAAGGAGAGCGUGAUGGCAGUCCUGGAAGCUUUCAUUCACGAUCCUCUGCUCACUUGGCGUCUGACGAACACAGCCUCGCCUGCGGGACCAAACUUCCGUUCCGACCGGGAGGCUGCUCUUAUUGGUAUGAAUGGCGGCGGUAGAGCACGCAGGCCGUCCAUCCUGGAGGCCGAUAUUGCACCAUCAGAGCUCUUGGCCAACGGCGAUCCCGUCAGCGCGAUGAUAACCCGCCCUAGAGCCAGAACAAAUAGCGGCGUCGAACCCGAAGGCGCUAAUGGCGCGCAGGAUACGGAGACGCAGAAUGCGAGAGCUGUUGAGGUUCUGGACCGCGUCGUACAGAAGCUGAACGGGCGCGACUUCAAGGAGAAUGAGGAGCUUGAUGUUGUGAACCAGGUCAACAAGCUCAUCAUUGAAGCGACGAAGCUGGAAAAUCUCUGCCAGCAUUACAUCGGAUGGUGCAGCUUCUGGUAG